GGACCUGGUAUAUUCUCUGGCUUGAGGAUGAAAUAUAUGAGAGUAACUUGUGCAAAAUUGGGUAGUAGCAUUCCCUCAGUUCUGUAUAAAUAGAAGAGCUCCAUGUAAUACAAGAACUUAAAUCUGGACUCUCAUUGAUUUCUUGUUCCUCUCAACAUCUAGGAUUUGUAACUGCUGCAGACAUGGAAGAGGAGAAUGAGCACUCACCAGUCAGGGAGGGUUCUGCACAUAGUGGUGAGAAGCCAGCCAGUGAACCUUUCCUUGAUUUGGAUUGGGACCAAUCAGGCAUCUUCUGUCCUGGCCACAUUAUCAUUUUGAACGCCUUGCAGCAGGCUGUGGGCAGUGGCCUAGCAGGGAAACUGAAAUAUCCAACUAGUGAGAAAGAUACAGAAUGCAAGUACAUAAGUCAAAGUAAAUGGUGUUGGAAUUCUAGAACUGAAAGUUUUGGAGGAAGUUGCCUGGGAACUGAGGACUCUGCCCAGGCCUACAAUAGAAAUGGCCCAGUGGGUGAGAACAUCUUAUGUGGGGAUGAAGAUAUAGAAGAAGUGGAGCUGGUAACUGAAAUGCAGCUGGGGGAUGUUGGUGCUCUUUCAGGCAUCUCCAGAAGAAACCUGUCCUAGAGGAUGCAGAAGGCUGCUUGCCUUGGAUCAUCUUCCCCCUGCUGGAGAGGAAGCAGAGCCUGCCAAAUUGGACGCCCCUCUGUUUCAGAGCAAUCCUAUGUUCUAGACCCACAUACAAUUCUGCCUUUAACACACAGGGCUACUUGGACUUCUGUUUUAGAAAGAAGCGAGGUUUUGCAGUCCCCUAAAACAAACAGGACUUCUUCACCUUGUUUGGCCAUGACUUUGGGAAUUGGCACAGGGGUUUCCACUGGGGGGCAACAACAUCCACAGAGUGCUGCUGGUCAAGAGUCUGAAUUUCAGCAACGGUCCCAGCCACCACCUGGUAACUCCCUGGACAAGGCCAAUUCUAGCACCUCUUCUUCAUCCUCUUGCUCUUUAUCCUCUUCUUCCAUGUCCCACUAUCAGGGCCUGCCUGGUGAAGGUGGUGGCUCUUCAAAUCCCUGCCCCUCCAUGCAGUCCCGAGACGUAGAUAUUUAUGAUCCUUUCCACCCUACUGAUGAAGAUUACCUCAAUGGUGAUUUUGGCUUUGGGGAUUCCCCCCACAAAGAAGCAGAGGGUGGGCAGCAUGACCAGAAAUAUGAUCCCUUUGACCCCACAGGCUCCAAUCCCAGCUCCUCUGUUAGUACCCCUUCACUUGAGGACGAUGAGGAUGAAGACAAUGACCAUGAUCAACAUCCCCCUGAUAUGUCACAUAGCAUUAGCCGCAUUUCAGAAACACUGGCUGGAAUGUACGAUGAAAAUAGUUUGAGCCAAGAUUUCCCUAGCUCCGAUAAAGGACAGGAAGAUUCAGAACCAGAAAUAGAACCUAGAAGGGAUUAUGAGACUGAGGCAAUAUGUUUUGCUGAGAGCCCUGAGAGCAAAGGGCUUCCUGGUGUUGAUUCCACCCUGCCUGAGGAGCUUCGCUCAGAUCAGGCAGAAUCUAAAGCUUCAGAACCAUGCCGCCAGGUAUUCAUGGUGGACUUUGGUCCCGAAGGAUGCUUGGAUGCUGAAGCCAAGAUCCCGCUGGAAGGAAAGGUGUCCUUAGAGGUAGUGACCAUUGGAAAUGCUAAACUGAGGGGUGGAGAGAAAAUGUCAAAAGGAGGUAGAUAUCCUUGGGUUGGGCGCCAGUCAUCAGUGGAAUGGGAUGGAAGUGGUGGUGGUGAAUCAGAAAUUGAAGAAGGCGAGAUUGUCCAACCAGAGGAUGAGCGGUAUAGUCCCAUUCAAUUGUUCCGAAGUAGAUGCCAGCCAGCUCAGCAACGAACUCUCCGGGUGAUGGAAGAAGAUGAUUUCCUAUUAUUGCACGCAGACUCUGAUCAGGAAGGAUCCUUACAGAUUGACUUUAGUGAAAGCCAGCUAGAUCCACGUUGGAAAGGUGUGGACUUGAGACGGAAGAUCCUGACCCAGCGACAAGAACGCUACCAUCAUGCCAUAUCACCUCUGCCUCCACCACCACCUCCACCUGCUCCCAAGUGCCCUGCCUCCAAAGCUCACUCUGGUUCUAGCUCUGCUUCAUGUAAGAAGUCAAAAAGAGAAUGUAAAAGAUCACAAGAACACAAGGCAUCAAAAACCAAGGAGACAUAUGGCUCUUCCUGGAACCCAAAGAAGAAAUCAAAAUCAUGCUCAAAAUCCAAAGAUCAUCAACAUUCACGCCAGAGGACCUCGAGGCUCCGCUUACAUCACCGAACCUCUCGCUCCUGGUCCCCUUCAAUUAACACCAGCUUGUCUGCAGUUGGAUCCUCACAUACUUCAGCUGAGCAACACAAGAGCAGGCGAUCUAAGUCAAAGGAGAAACACCAUGACCAUCAUUCUUGGUCACAUAGGAACAGCAGCAGCAGCUGUGCUCAUUGCACUAGGCACAAAGACAAACAUCAUGGGGAAGGUGGCAGAAAGAACAAGUCUUGCUCAUGUGAGAAGCAUCUCUCCCAUCGGUUAUCUAAGGACAAAGAGAGAGAGGUCCAUCUUCUGGAGGAGCCCAAGCCUGAGACAGCCUUGAUCGAGCGACUGAGAGAUGCAAGAACUGUGGUGCCACCUUCAAUCCAGGAUCUCAAUGACAAUGAUCUCUUCACCAUCAAGAGGACCAUUACAGUCAACCAGCAGAAGAAAAUGGAGGGGCUUUUGGAGACACCAGAGAGAGCUAAGAGGGAGGUAGUUUAUGAUUCUGAGGGUAUGAGCUUUGAUGCUUGCUUCUCAGAUCGUGAGCCUGCCGAGGACUCCAAAUCUAGUACAGUGUGGCUAAAUCCUAAGGAGGAUGCAGUUUCAUCCCGCAAAGAUAAAAAGCCUGAGGAGGACACCAAACAAAAGUUAUCCAAGGAAAAAGAACUCAAGAGGGCCUAUCUGGAGGACUGCCCCGGAGCCCAAGAGAAGUGCAAAAAAAAGCUGAAGGAGGGACCUCCUAGUUCUGAGCAGCAAGAAUUACCCAAGAUAGAAGAAAAGGCCCAACCUGACAGGGACAAAACAGGGAAAAAGAUAAAAGCUGGAAGCCAGAAAGAGAAUAGUACGCUGGACCCAGGUCGGAAAGUGAAGCUCCAGUCCAAGGUUGCUAUAUUGAUCCAAGAAGGGGUGAGCAGUACCACAUCAGUCAAGGAAAUGGGUUCUAUUUGUGUAAAGUUCAGCCGAGACAAGGAGAGCCGUUCACCCUUCCUCAAGUCUGAAGAGAAGGUGUUGAUGGUUGGGGCACCAGCAGCAGGCCAAGAUGAAAUGACUGAUGUUAAAAAGCCAGGCUUCAAGCCCAAGAAAGUCAAAGGACUGAAAGCCAGAAUGGGUGUGAAGAAACUGAAGGGCAUCAAGCCAAAGGGUGCCUCAGAGCCCAAGAAAAAGAAGAAACUCAAAGUCAAGACUGGGUUAAAGAAAUCCAAAGCUGAUAGCUGCAGUCAGGGUGCAGUCAGCCCUUUGAAGGUUAAGGAGGAGCCCUCAUGGUCUGGUUCAGAGAAAUCGGGCACAGCCAAGCCACCAAGUCCUCAGCCAUUUGGCCCAGGCCAGAAACUCACCCCUGAUUCCCAGACAGUGGACAGCAGCUGCAAGACACCUGAUGUCUCCUUCCUUUCUGAGGAGCUCCCUGUUGAGCAGCCCAGGGUACCAAAUGAUGAGCCAGAAGCAGACAGUUUGUCUGAGCCCAAAGAGGACCAGCCACUGCAGCAGCCACCCCAUCUUCCCCAUAGUUUGCCCCAACCCCCUGCUCCAAUGUCACGGAAUCUGCAGGGGGGAUUAGACUGCACUAGUGGUGUAUUGGCAUUGACUGCUCUCCUCUUCAAGAUGGAAGAGGCCAAUCUUGCAAGCCGGGCAAAAGCCCAGGAACUCAUUCAAGCAACCAGUCAGAUCUUGACUCACACCAAGUCCUUAGCUUCCUUAGCUCGUCCUCAGCCACCAGCACCGCCCAGUCAUCCACCUGCCUCACAUCUGGCUGUCCUACCUGUCUCCUACCUUUUGCAAGGAUCAAUGCCUCUAGGAAGCAGUGCUUCAACUCCUACCACCCCUACAGGGGGGUUGCCAGGGACAUUGAACCAGGUUUUAGUAGGCCCUCCCUCUGCUGGCAUUUUUGCUUCUUCCUCUGGCACCAAUUUGGGCAGUACCAGUUCUGAAGGGCGUGGAGACAGUGAUAAGUAUCUGAAAAAGCUUCACACCCAAGAGCGAGCAGUGGAGGAAGUCAAACUAGCCAUCAAGCCCUAUUACCAGAAAAAGGAGAUCACCAAGGAAGAAUACAAGGACAUUCUACGCAAAGCUGUCCACAAGAUCUGCCACAGCAAGAGUGGUGAAAUCAACCCUGUCAAGGUGAAUAACUUAUUGAAGGCCUAUGUCCAGAGGUACAAGUACUUUCGAAAACAUGGACGAAAGAUGGAUGAAGAGCCAGGGCCUUCCAAGGAAGUAGGGGAACUGGACAAAUUUGGCUUGCCCAUGCCCCCGCUCUAAUCUCUGAUGAAAGGGAGGAAAAAAAUAACAGCAGCUCUUCUUCAUGUAAAUUGGCUUGGUUGAGCCCCCCAGCCCUUUCCCCAUCACUUUGUGGGGCAAGUGGAAAAGAGGUUGGGGUGAUACAUUUUGUUUUGGAGGGGUGGCAUUUGUACAGUACAGUUCUUGUGCAUCUGCUACCUGCCCUGGAAACCUCCCUUUCCUGAACACUUUCACAGUUUUAGCCACAAAAUCAACUUGUCUUUUACUCUGUAAAUACAGAUGGCAGAAGAUGGGGCUAAUUUUUAGUUUCAUCACUCUCAAGCACCCACAAUAUGAGUGGAUGUGAGUCCUCUGACACACCUAGUUUUUACUCAUUUAGCAUGUUUUUAAUUUGACGGUUUUAUCCUUACCCUCUUGUCAAUGGACAUGAAAUGGCAGUACCAUGAUUGGCAUAUAGAUGGCAGAUGCCUGUCAUCCUUGGAUAGGCAAACACCCUUCAUUUCCUGCCUCUAGUUGUACGUUUUGUCUGUCAUACUCUUUCCCACCCUGUUUCUCUUCAUAAAACUUCAU